AUGGCUUGGACCCUCUUCAUCAUGGCCUGCUGCCUCGUCGCCUUGCACGCAGAAGGUGCACCCACAACUGCAGUAUAUAAUUUUGUUAGGUGUCAGCCUCGAGGCAACAAUGCCAACUGUGUGACUCAACAAAGUCCGCAGAUGGAGUGGAGUCCAGAUCUGCCAAUCAAACUGCCUCCUUCAACUGUACCGUUCCUUGAUGCUCAGCCAGUGGAGGGCGAAGUUCCUUUGGGGACGACUGAGAUUGAGACUGAGCUUUCACAGUUUGAGGACGGUUCUGGCUCUGGUUCUGGGGACUUUGCUGGUCCAGUCUGGAGCGACAUCAUCUUUCCAAAUUAUGAACAGGAGAUGGGUUCUGGCAACCCCUUGACAGACAUGGAGCGACAAGAACUGGAACGGGUAGACUCACAAGCCUUCAGGUGGCUUGUCAGAAGGUCUGCAGGAGCACCGCCACCAAUUGAGGAUGAAAUCUUGGAAGUGUAG